AUGUGGGGGGAAAGUCAGUUCUGGGCCAUUAUUUGGGCCCAUUUUGGCCGAUUUUGGGCCCAUUUUGGCCGAUUUUGGGCCGAUUUUGGCCCUUUUUGGCUCUCUGACUCCUCCCCAGGCCUGGCCGCCGCCCUGCGCUCGUUCUGGGCCAAGGAGCCGGUGAUCGCCGCCAGCGUCGGCAUCGCCGCCCUGGCGUUGGUGUCGCCGCUGCUGAGCCCCUUGACCAAAUACUCGGGGAUGAUCAACCAGGCCACGCCCUACACCUACCCCGUUCCUCUGCGGGACGACGGCCGGCACCCCGAGGUGCCCUCGCACCCCUGCGCCCCCGAGGGCCCCGGCCUGGCCUGGCUCCAGAAGCUCUGAGGGACCCAAAAUCCCCCAAAUUCACCCCAAAAAAAACCCAAAAAAUGGGGAAAACCCCCCCCGACCCCCUGAGGGCGAUUUUGGGGGGACCCCAAAAGUGGAAACCCCAAAAAUACAGAAAUGAAAUGAG